CUUUACUACUUUCCAUGGAUCUUCUUCUUCUUCUUCAACCUUAGCUUAAUUUUUCUCCCUCAAAUUCACACAACAUUGUCAUGAAAAUCCAUGUGUUUGCUCUACUCAUCACCAUCAACCUUGCAAUCAACCAAUCUCUCUCCGCAUCCGAAAUCACCACUGGAUAUCAAGUCACUCUCGCAGUUCCAUCCGAUUACACAAAGGGCUUUGUGGGGCGCGCUUUCCUCAUCAAAACCGACCAAAAUCCGCCUUAUUUUAGCGCUGCGAUUAGCGUGGAAGCCGUUGAAGAAGCACAGAGGUUUUCUUGCUCUUUAGAUGUUUUUCUCGGGGAAGUCAGAGUGUGGAGCUCUGCCCAUUUCUCCAGAUUCUACGUCGAUGAACAGUGUGUUCUCGAGUUCAACGAUAUCGGGGAUUUGAGAUUGAAGGGGCAAAAUGAGAGAGUUGGUUGGAAGAGUGGAACUUCAACACAAGGUGUUAAGAGAUUGAGUUUGUUGAGAACUGGGAAUUUGGUUCUUGUUGAUGAGAUGAGAUUGAUUAAAUGGCAAAGUUUCAAUUUCCCCACUGAUGUUAUGGUGUGGGGGCAGAGGUUAAGUUCUAAGACAAGAUUAACCUCUUUCCCGCCAAAUUCUACUCUGUUUUACUCAAUGGAAAUCAAGGAUGAAAAGAUUGAGUUGUUUUUGAAUGAUGGGAAAUCAAGAUAUUCUUAUUGGGAAUAUAAGCCAAUUGGUGGGAGAAACAUCACAUUUGUGGAGUUGUCUUCUUAUGGUCUCGAGAUCUUCAAUGGAAAGCACAGAUACGAUCAGAUCAGGACGACCGCCACGUCGUUGGACCCGUUGAGGUUCCUCUCUCUCGACAACAACACGGGCAAUUUGAGGAUGUACCAUUACUCGGAGGUGACCGGGAAGUUUGAGGCUUCUUAUCAAGCACUCAACUUCACUUGUGAUCUCCCCCUGGCAUGCAAGUCCUACGGCAUCUGCUUGUUGUCGGGCUCGUGCUCGUGCAUCCGUCUCGUUGGGGACGUAUGCAACGAAGCGGGAGGAGCGUGUGGGGCAAGGGACUCAGAGAUGGUGGAGCUCAAGGAUGUCGUGAGCGUGCUCACUAGCGAAUCUUACAAGGAUCGCGUUGGGAAACAGGAAUGCUCGCGUUUAUGUAAUGAAGACUGUGCGUGUGUGGCCGCGCAGUAUGUGGAGGAUGAAGAUGAAGAUGAAGUUGAGAGUUUAGGGAAGUGUUUUUUGUAUGGGAUUGCAAGAGGGAUUAGGAAGGUUGAGAGAGAGAAUGAGAGAGUUGCAUAUAUUGUUAAGGUUGGGAGAGGGUUGAAUGAUAGUCAUAGUAAGAAUUUUGGGUUGAAAAAAUGGGUGAUAAUUGUUGUGGUAGUGGUUGAUGUAUUUAUUAUUUUGAUUAUUUUGUGUGGUGUUGGAUAUUAUUUUUUUUGGAAAAAGAAAAGGAAUUUGGCAGCUAGAGAGCAAGCAAGUUAGUUGCUCACAA